AUGGCCUCCACAGACAACGACGAGAGCUACGACGCCAAGAUUUUCUCGCUUGGACUGCUACUGAGCUCACUUUUUGUAUUCAACACGAUGGGCGUGAUCGACGAGGGCGCCAUUGAUCGUCUCUAUCUUGUGUCGGAGCUGACUAAGCACGUGUGUGUUAGUGCACAUCCUGGUACCUCCAGCAACAGCUUUGGUGAGCGUGCUGCGAGUCCAGAAGAGUCGACGCUGAGUGGUGACAAACUCGAGGAAUCGCGGGCAUUGGCGCCGCAUUUUCCGCCGUUCGUAUGGCUAUUGCGUGACUUUCUGCUUGAUAUGCAGAUUGACGGCAACGACCUGACUGCGAACCAGUAUCUGGAGAAUGCUUUGGAUGCCCGUGACGUCAGUACGACAGCUUCGGAGAGCACGAAGCUGCGCCAGGUUGAGCGGAAUCGCACCCGAGCCUCCAUUCGCGUCUUGUUCGGUCGCCGUGAAUGCCUUACACUUGUUCGUCCCGUGACUGAUGAACGUGAUCUACGACGCGCAGCUGAGCUCUCGGAUGCUGAGCUACGACCAGAGUUCGUGGAGCAAAUGUCCGCUAUACGGCGUCGUCUAUUGUCGUCGGUGGCUGCAAAGGAGCUAUUAGGCAAGACUCUGAAUGGACCACAAGUUGCUCAGCUUGUGAGGUGCUACACCGACACGAUGAACAGUGGUGCAGUGCCAGAUAUCAAGGCUGCGUGGGAGUAUGUGUCUGAUGCGACGUGCCAAGCUGCACUUGCUGCAGCAAUCGAGUUGUAUGAUUCUUUGAUGGAAGCUACGUCUGGCAAAAAGCCUGUGAAAAAGGUGAAUUACGAAGGUGACUCGGAAGAUACCGAUGAAGUGGAGGAAGAUACCGAUGAAGGUGGUAGCGAUGAAGCAGAAAGUGGUCCCAAGAUUCUGUCACAAGCGGAGUUUGAGGCGAUCUAUAAAGACGCUCAAGAGCAAGCACUAAUGCUGUUCAAGGUGCGAUCGGUAGAAGGAGCUUCGCGAGCUGUAUGCUUUCAGAAGCUCAAACAGCACAUGCAUACUCAACGUACGACUCUGAUCACGCAGCUGCAGAAGCGCUCUAGCAAGUUUUGCGUUAAAGCCUUAGCGAAAUUACAUGCCAAGUUUUUGACUCGCCCUCUGGCUGCUGGCGCGUGGGAUGCUGCUGCGAAUAAGGAGGAAGCGUUCCAAGCUACGAUGAAAGUUUUGGAAGAGGUUUACGAUCGAAAAGCUCGCGGUCCAGCGAAGAAGAAGGCAUUCUACCAGUUUCUACGUGUCGAUUCGCUUGAGUUCUUUGAAGCAUUAUUCCAGCGAAUGGCUAACAAUCAUGCACAGGAGAAAGCAGAGUGGAACCACACACUGGAGCAGCUUGAACAAAAACAUACGAACGAGAAGAUGGAGUGGAAACAGCAAUUGCAAGAGAAAAGUAUGGAGGUACACCAGCUCCUCGAAACGAAGGCACACUUGGAAGAUAAGGUUGCUAGUCAGACUGAACGCUUGUCAGAACUACAACAAGCGUCACAACAGCAAGUCGCUGCAAUUGCAGACUUGGAGAAUGAGUGCAAGACUCUCAACCAGAAGAUCGAGCAACUUCAUGGACUCGCGGCGGAGUUGACAAAAGAGCUGGAAAAGACGCAACUGCGACUGCAACACAAAGAGGAGGCGUUGGCUAAGGUCGAAGCCGAGGCGCAGAGCACCAAGCAAGAGCUGACGAGACAAGUGGAAUCGCUUCGCUCGACGCAUCAGGCGGAGAAAGAAGAGUGGAUACGUCGCGCUGCUGACCAAACAGCCGAGAGAGCGAUGUUGCAGAAACAACUCAAGAAGGCGGAGCUUGAUGCUCAGCAGCAGGAGCGAGAAAUGGAGUUGCUGGAUACAGAGCGACAGCAGCUACAGCAAUUGUAUGAAUCGGAGGUGGAUGCACGAGCUCAACUAGCGAAGGACUAUGAAGGUCUUCGAGGCGAUAAUGACGAGCUGGAACGAAGAUUAAAACAAAGUGCAACGCAGCAACUCGGUUUAAAACAAGCCGCUGAGCGCGAACAAGCUCGCUUGGAAGCUCGACUUCAACGUAUCCAGAUACAGUUAGGACGACUAGAAGGCGACCGUGAAGUCGAAGAAGUGCUUCGUGACUGCGUGACUGAUGUGGUGCGUCUUGCAGAUGAAGACAGGAUAAUUACGUUGCAGGAGGAACGACGGAUGUUACAGGAGCAACUGGGCGAUCUUCACGAGAAGAUAUCGACCUUACCAGAUUUCUACGUGCGGCAGAUUUUCUGUGCACCGGAACCAGUGUCAAAUUUCUUCGACGCUCUGACUUCAGUUGUUGGGGACCCUAGUAAAUGGUAA